GUGAUAUUGCGCAAGGGAUAUAACUCUUCGAAGAAUUUCUUAAAAUGGCCGACGACGACCAGACACGGACACCAACAGUGGUGGCCAAAGACAAGGACCUGUCUACAGCGGAGGUUCAGGUGCUGAUUCCAGGACUGCAGGUAAAGAAAACGAUGCUGUUGGUGGGAAGUAAGAAACCUAAGGAGGAUGUCUGCACUGUAGACGUUAAACUGGAGGAAAGUUCCCUGGAAGUGACAGCUGACAUCAAGGAUAAGAAAGGAAAAGUUACAAAGUACAGAUACAAGGCUAAUAAGUUACCCAGCAUUAUAGACAAAGAAGCAUGUAGUGUCUCUUAUGAAAAAGAGAAAGUGAUAAUAAGUCUAAAGAAACAAGAAGAAUACUCCUGGGAUGUUGCACUGUCAAAGUCAGGAUUAGACCAAGACCCUAUUGAUUAGAUAGAGUUACCUCCCCUGUCAAGUAAACACCCCCACCUUUUGCUACCGAUGUGAUAACAAUAUAUUGAAAUGUAAAUGAUUUCUGUCCACAUAUUUGAUACCAGUUGUAUGGUAGUAACACUUUAUACAUAUAUAUGAGUCUCCAUUCUUACCUGUUUAAGCUGAGCAAUUUGUUUACAUACAUGUAUACAGGCAAAUUUAUUACUUGUUGUAGUGAUCUGAUAUGUUCAAAAUGAAGUAAAAUACUUCCUUUUUAACUUAGCAAUAUCUCCAUAUGUUUCUCUCAAUGUUUUGCCAAAGCCCAUUGAAAUGUCAAAAUUUUCCAGGACAAAUACAGAAAGGAUAUUGAGGUUUUAUUGAAGUACAUAUAUUACAUACUCGUUAUAAAUUAUUGCUGAUUAUUUUCUUAGUGCACAUGUAAUUUUAUGAUGCAUUUAAUUGUGUCUAUCUGUUAUGGUGCAUUUAAUUGUCUUUCUCUAGAUAAUCUCUGUAUACAUAAACAAUGGAUGGUUAAGCAGGUCUAUUUGUCAUUUAAGCGGACACCACGGCAGAUCCGUUGUUCUAAUAUUAAGAAAUAAUAAUGAUCUUUGUUGUCUUAUAAAAAGUUUAAAGUUUUGAGAUGAUUUUUUUUAUGACUAUCCAGUCAUUUAGUUGUUUUUUUGCAAAACAGCCCUGUGUUUCUCUGGAAAUAUUUUUGAUAGUGGAAAAACCCACUUGUAUUAAAGUGACAUAUCUCAAAGGAAAUGGGAAGACAACUUACUGCUACACUUUAUUUAAAUUAUAACUUAUUUACUAUAUAUACCACUGUGCCUUCUGUAAUCUUGUGUUAUCUGUUCUUCUCACUAAUCUUGAAAAUAUUAGCAUUUUAUAAUUUAAAGUCUCUGAACAUAAUUUUUGGUAAACUUUUUCAGAUAAAAUAUUUUAUAUUAUAAAAAGAGAAGGGGGAAAAAUGAUAAAAUCAAAUCCUAGCAUUGACUUAUUGGUAUGUGACAUUUUGAAAAGCAGUUUAUUGGGGAGAGAGGAAAACCAACCCAAGGACCGAAGGUUGGAAAUAAUUUGUAUGUAGGGAUAUAUAUCACUUAGAUGAAAGCAGUACAAGUAGUUUAGACUGACUGAAGAAAAGUGUUGGUAGUUGAUUAUACAUUGUCAGUAUAGCAUAACCUAUAUGUUGUAUAUGUAUUAUUUACAGUAGAAUGUUCAGUUAAAAUUCAUAUCAGUGUCGUGGUAUUGGUGAAUAGAUACAUAUUGUUUAUUUUUUGACAUUCUUUUGUUUAGCUUAAUAUUGUAGUUAAUUUAUGUACUUUCUCUGUCCUGUUUUUUCAUUUUUGUAAUCAAUUAACUUUUUACUUACUUAUUUACCAUAUUUCUUGUACAUAAACAUUGCAUAGUACCUUUCCUUUGGUUUAGUUUUCACACUUUAUACUUUCAUGCCCUUCCUAUUUUACAAGUGUAAUGGUUAAGGUUGGGUUCUGGUAGAUAAUAUUGAGUUAGUCCUUAUAUACAGUUAAAAAAUACUGUUCAUGUCUAUCCCAUUUAAUUAGAUUUAGUUUGUCUCUGUAUAAGACAACUGGAGAAAUUCUAUUUUAAAUCAAAUUUGGAAAAAAAAAGUUGUUGAAACUUUGUUUUCAUCUUUCUUGUUCUAUGUAAUAAUAUGGUAGGUAAUGUUUAUAAACAUUUAACUUUUUUGUUAUAGAAGUUUUUUUAAUGUAGUUAGGGAUUUGUUGUCUUUUUUUUUAAUAAACUGAUAAGUCAAGUAGCCAACUUGCCUCACAAUUUAAAAAAUAAAUAAAAAAUAAAAUAUAUUUUGAUACUGAAAUCAAAUUAAACCGGAUAGACUGUAUGUAUUCUAGAUCUGUUGAAAUAUAUUCCUUUACAACGCCAUGUUAAUAAAUUACUUGGAUCUGUUUUAUCAAAGUGUUGUGCUAGCUUAACAGAAACUUAUAAAUAAAAUGUCAAUAAAUGAAAAAGAAAUAGAAAUUUAUUUAAUUUGUUUUAAACAUCAUAAUUAUUAUUUAUGCAAAGGAUACAAAAAACCACAUUUUUUUUAAUAUGGUAUUGACUAGCAAUGCCUGGCACGACUGGAUUAGGGUAUCGUUUUUGUUAGAUUUAAUUCAGUGUCUAGCUCCCAUACCCUAGCUAUAUGACUUUACAUCAUUAUUAGAAUAUUUUUUUUAAAGGAUUUGCUUUGACAAUGAAACAUUCAAGGUUGAUAAUUGAUAUUAAUUUCAGAAGGCUGUGCCUGUAGUCUCUAUUUGUUAUGUAAUGUUGCGUGGUUAUAGGAUGAUUGUAAACAUACUCUAUCUUGCCUUGUUAUAUAUUACUAGUCUAGUAUUAUAUUUCAUUAAAUGUAAUAAAUAGUUUGAAAACUGUUUUUC